UGAUAUCGCGUCAAUGUCCAUUUCCACCUUUUUCAGACACAACAACCGCGUUUAUAGUCUCAACUCAAACCCUCUUCCAAGGAAAAACCAGCACCCAGCACCACCAUGGGCAACCGCAUCAGCUCCAAACACAAACCCUCUUCCGAUUCCCAAACCCGUUCCAAAUCAGAACCCUCACAUUCCACUCCCACUUCCUUCCAUCCUCCUAAUCGAACCCCCAAACAAUCCACUCACACCCCCACCCCUUCCUCCUCCCCCCUCGGCCGCGUCUUAGGCAAACCCAUGGAAGACGUCCGAUCAACCUACACCUUCGGCCGUGAACUCGGUCGCGGCCAAUUCGGUGUAACCUACUUAGUUACACACAAACUCACCAAAGAACAAUUCGCCUGCAAAUCUAUAGCCACUCGGAAACUAAUCCGCCGCGAUGAUCUUGACGAUAUUCGCCGUGAAGUUCAGAUCAUGCAUCAUCUCACCGGUCACCGGAACAUUGUUGAGCUUAAAGGUGCUUAUGAGGAUCGUCAUUCGGUUAAUCUUAUCAUGGAGCUUUGUGCUGGUGGUGAGCUUUUUGAUAGGAUUAUAUCCAAAGGUCAUUACUCUGAACGUGCUGCGGCUGAGCUGUGUCGCCAGAUUGUCACUGUUGUUCAUAAUUGUCAUACUAUGGGUGUUAUGCAUAGGGAUUUGAAGCCUGAGAAUUUCUUGUUUCUUAGUAAGCAUGAGAAUUCGCCGCUUAAAGCUACAGAUUUUGGUCUCUCCGUGUUUUUCAAGCCCGAAGAUGUAUUCAAAGAUCUUGUUGGGAGUGCAUAUUAUGUUGCUCCUGAGGUGUUGCGUAGAAGCUAUGGACCUGAAGCUGAUAUUUGGAGUGCUGGGAUUAUUUUGUACAUUCUCCUCUCUGGUGUUCCUCCCUUCUGGGCAGAAAAUGAACAAGGUAUCUUCGAUGCUAUUCUUCGUGGACAUCUUGAUUUCGCAUCUGAUCCUUGGCCUAAAAUAUCGAGUAUUGCUAAAGAUCUGAUCAAAAAGAUGUUGCGAGCUGACCCUAAAGAACGAAUUUCAGCUGUUGAAGUCCUUGACCAUUCUUGGAUGAAAGAAGAUGGAGCAUCCGAUAAGCCUCUUGAUAUUGCUGUCUUAACCAGAAUGAAACAAUUCAGGGCAAUGAACAAGCUAAAGAAAGUAGCUCUAAAGGUUAUUGCUGAAAAUCUUUCUGAAGAAGAAAUUAUAGGCUUGAAGGAAAUGUUUAAAUCCAUGGAUACAGAUAACAGUGGAACAAUCACUUUUGAAGAGUUGAAAGCUGGUCUCCCCAAACUAGGUACUAAGAUUUCGGAAUCUGAAGUAAGGCAGUUGAUGGAAGCGGCUGAUGUUGACGGAAAUGGAACCAUUGAUUAUAUUGAAUUUAUAACAGCUACCAUGCACUUGAAUAGAAUGGAAAGAGAGGACCACCUAUACAAAGCUUUUGAAUAUUUUGACAACGACAAAAGCGGGUAUAUUACAAAAGAAGAGUUGGAAUCUGCCCUUACAAAGUACAACAUGGGUGAUGAGAAAACAAUAAAGGAGAUAAUUGACGAAGUUGAUUCAGACAAUGAUGGAAGAAUUAACUAUGAGGAGUUUGUAGCCAUGAUGAGGAAAGGCAAUCCAGACUUGAUAACCAACAAACGUCGCAAAUAAUUAAGUUGACCAUACAUCGCCUGUUUCACUGGGUUCGGAGGCAGAAGACUCAGGCAUGCUUUGCUAACAUGGAUUGAUUUACAUUUAGCACUCUUCACUCACCAGCUCUCACUGACAGACUAUUUUUACUUUGCCUUCUUUGCUUGCUAUUUGCUAGGACACUUGCAUUGCAUGGUUGUUUGCUCUUCCCGCGAGACAAUUUUCUCUCUACUGCUUGUAUUAUGACAUCUGCUAUCAUGUAAUAUGUAUUGAUUGUUCCUAAUUUCACUAAUUAUAUCAUAACAAAUCGUUGCCCCAUUGUUUAAAA